AUGGAGGAUAACAUGGAGGAGUUAGCGAGCUCCGGUGGUCCCCCGGUGAGCCAUGCCAGUCAAGCCCAAUGGAAUGAUGCAAAUAAUGCUUGCUUGUUAGAAUUGUGCAUAAAGCAACGUAGAGCAGGAACGUAUAAUGGUUCACAAAUGAGUGGUGAAGGGCACCAAGCCGUUGUCGAUGGCUUACUUGCUAGAAGAAGAAAAAAAUCAUACUUAAAGAAGGUGCUGACGAGUCCUCCAGCAAACGAGGACUUGCUUGAUGAACUGUUCAGAGGGUACACUAUGGAUGGCACCACAACCUUUGUGCCUAGUGAUGAUUAUGGUGACAAUGAGGGGCAAGAUGCAAGGACAGAAGAUGAUGAAGAAGAAGAGUUUGCACAAACACCUACAAGUAGAAAGCGACCAGGAGGAGCCAGGAGGGGCAAGAGGGCAUUGAUUGGCACUACAAGCACUUUGACCAUCCAGUGA